GCAAGCUAAUUAAGAGACGAGCCACGAGGUUUGCACGUCUACAUAAAGUUGUAAAAGAGUGCCUUUUUGGACUACCCCACGACGUAAGGAUUAAAGUUUUUAUUCCCUUUGAGUGAGGCCAAUGAGUUCUGAUGGCAUUGUAUCGGCUGUGGUUGGACAUCAUUACAUGUUAAGGCAUGUCGAAGAAUCCUCCUGUCCGAAAUAAUUGUCAGUUUAAAAGCAAAGAACAAGUUGAGCUUUAUUAAGACUCGAGGGGAGUAACAGUCAGAACUCAGCCUGCUUCGUGCUGGAGGAGAGAGAAGGAGAAAGAGGUCUGCCGCAGCGGAGCCGAGCGCAGCGGAGCCGAGUGGGAGCGGAGCUGAGCCGACAGCGCGCUGGGUCACGUGGUUAAGCUCGCGUCUCUCUCAAGCAUCAAAGACACCCAAACACACACAGACAUCCCAUAAGACAGCCAGAGUCGAGUGGUGUAGCUUGUUUAAGCUACAAAUAAGUAACAUGUUUAUACAAGUUAAAUGUGGAGAGUAGAUUUCCUUAGCUCAUCUUAAAGGGACUCUGUCAAGCAAUGAAAGGGGAAGUGUGGUGGUUUUGGAGUAAAAGUUUAAGUUCAUGUUAUUAGCUGUUUAUGCUAAGUAACUGUAAUUAAGGUACGUUUAAGUUGAUUAUAAGGGUUUUUUGCUUAUUUUUAAGACUGCAUUAGAUAUUUAAAGGUCACAUUAUAGUAUUUUGUUUGACAUUGAAGGUUAUUUUCUGUUUAACUACAAGUGAAGAACAAUUUAUUAUUUUGGUUUAAGUGAUGGUGACAUAUAUUUAAGCUGACUCUUUAAAGUAAAGCAAUUCAAGUUCCUAGGUGCUUCAUAAGGUGACUAUUCACGUAUUUAAGUUGACCUAGGUGACUUGAGUGUAGUAUAACACCUUUGACUGUCUGUGACAUGGAGCAAGAAGGCUGUGACGCUGAAGCUGUGGAGCAGCAAGAAGCUUUUGAAGAGCAAGAAAGUUUGCAAGAACCAUGCACAAGUAAAGCUACUAAAGAAGGAAGUUUGAGGAAAAGUCAAAGAGUUAAGAAGUUCACUGAAAGGGGCCAAGCACUACAUGAUGAAAAGGUGAAAAGCUUCAAGCUCGCUUUAAAGUCUGUUAUGAAAGGUGGAAAGUUGUUGCAAAACAAGGCAAAAAGGCACUUGAAGAACCUGUUAGUGCAAAACUUAAAGAGCUUAUUGACCGAGUUGAACAUACCUCGGCAGAAGUGAAACAAGUUUAUGAUGAACUGCGCAAUCAUGAGACUCCUGAUGCAGACACUCGCCGCAGAGUGGACACCUGUGACGCGGUUUCUCAAAAGAUGAUAAGGCUAGCUCAAGAAAAAUUAGCAGCAGAAGACGAAGAACUUUCUGAGAAAUUAGUUCACUGGAGUGAUAUAGGAUCAGCAUUCAAUUCUGCAACCUCUCAAAGAUCCAAGAGUUCAAAUAGCAGGCAAUCAAGAUGCUCAAGUAAGUUGUCUGUAAAGAGGCAAGAAGCAGCUGCAGAGCUUGCGGCUACUGAAGCAACUCUGAAGAUUAUGGAGGAAAUGGAAAGUGAAAGAAAGGCACUUGAAAUCCUUGAAGCAGAGAAUGCUGAGAAACAGAAGGCCUUAGAGCAAAAGCGAAGAGAGCUUGAAAGGCUAGAAACAGUAAAGAAAAUGAAUGCUGCUAAAGCACGUCUGAAAGUGUACAAUGAAGAAGGAAACUCGGAUGAAGAAAUAUCAGACCUUCUGCACGAAAGGAGUAAACGGAGAAAUGCCACAUCUAAACCGAUGAAUCGGUUUGCACAUUCGCAACUUAAUGCAAAUGCAGAGCCGUUUGAUAUGCCACAAGCCACCUCAAGGUCACAACCAAGAGAAAGCAAACAGGAAGAUAGUACCACAACAUUGGCCCAAGCUCUAGCUGAAUCCAUUCACAUAAGUCGCCUACCAGUACCAGAACCUACAGUCUUCAACGGAGAUCCUCUCAAGUACAAGGAUUGGAAAUUGUCGUUUCAAAUGCUGAUAGACAGAAAGAACAUCCCAGUGAAUGAAAAGAUUUACUAUCUUCGCAAGUAUGUUGGAGGACCGGCGAGAAAGGCUGUUGAGAGUUAUUUUCUGUUGGGAACAGAGCUUGCUUAUUACUCAGCAUGGAACACUUUGGAGGAAAGAUACAGAAGUUCAUUUGUAAUCGCCAAGGCUUUCAGAGAUAAGUUGACAUCAUGGCCAAGGAUUGGUAACAAGGAUAGCAUUGAACUUCGAGAAUUUUCAGAUUUUCUCAGAGGAUGUGAAACGGCCAUGCUUCAGGUUAAAGGUCUUGAAGUUUUGAAUGACUGCAAUGAGAAUCAGAGAAUGCUAAGCAAGCUACCUGAUUGGUUGUCAGCAAGAUGGAAUCGAAAGGUCAUUGAAAUUGAAGAGCAAGAUGGUUCUUUCCCAACAUUUAGCCACUUUGUUGACUUCAUUGCGAGAGAGGCCAAGAUUGCGUGCAAUCCAGUAACAUCGCUUCAUGCACUCAAAGCAGGUGACUCAGAGAAAACGAAAUCAUCCAAGACAAGAAGUGUUGGAGCAAAGGUGCUAGUGAGUGCUGCAGAAGAGACGUCCAACACAAAAAAAUGUGUGUUUUGUGAAAACUCAAAUCAUAGCAUUCACACAUGUAGGAAGUUUAUGGACAAGGUCUUGAGUGAAAGAGUCAAGUUUGUGCAAACCAAGGGACUGUGCUUUGGAUGUCUUGACUUUGGACACCAAUCAAAGAAAUGUGAAAAGAGAAAGAUGUGUGACACAUGUAAAGGGAAACACCCGACAUGUUUGCAUGAAGAACGAGACAAACCCUCAAGGAAAAGGAAAGAAAAAGAAAGUGACAAGGAACCACAAAUGAAAGAGAUGGAAGACAAUAAAGAGAGUAGAGAAACCAAACCCAAGGAAGCACCAAGUGAAGCAAUAUCAAACCGUGUGAUUCAAAGUGACAGAAGUAAUCUCACAUCUACAAUCAUUCCGGUUUGGUUAUCCACAACAAGCAAUCCUGAACAUGAGAUUCUUCUCUAUGCUCUUCUUGAUAGCCAAAGUGACACGACAUUCGUCUUGAAAGAAAAGGCAGAUGCUCUGGAUGCAGAGAAGAAAUGUGUGCAGUUAAAGCUCUCGACAAUGUCUUCUAAAGAUACUUUAGUACCAAGUCAAAGGUUGUCCGGAUUACAGGUCAGAGGUUUCUAUUCUUCAAGGAGAAUUCCUCUUCCUGUGACAUACACAAGAGAGUUUAUUCCUGCGAAUUUGAGUCAUAUUCCCACACAAAGGACAGCAAGAGCGUGGCCACACUUAAAGCACCUGGCUGAAGAAAUUGCUCCACUGAUUGAAUGUGAAGUAGGUCUGCUCAUUGGUUACAAUUGCUCACAAGUGUUGGUACCCAGAGAAGUUGUGGUAGGAAAAGAUAAUGAACCUUUUGCCCAAAGAACAGACCUUGGCUGGACAAUAGUUGGAGGAACUAAUCCAUGUGUUGACUAUGGGGAUGCCAUAGGAUGUAGCCACAAAAUCAUUGUCAAGGAAGUGACACUCAAUCAGUCAGCUGAACAGUUGGUCAAAGAAGUGCAAUACAUCUGUCGCACACAAGUCAAAGAGGUGGUCACAUCCGCAGAUGUAAUUAAAGUGCUCGGGUCCGACUUCAAUGAAAGAAAGGUGGAAGACUCACACUUCUCACAAGAAGAUUUAAGGUUCAUCUCCAUAAUGGAAGAAGGAGUGAAGAUUAAAGCAGAUGGACACUGUGUUACCUUUGCCAUUUAAAGAAGACAGACCAAGUCUGGUAAACAACCGGAGCUGUGCAGAACACAGACUCAAAUAUUUGAAGAGAAGAUUUGAGAAGGACAACCAAUACCACAAAGACUACACAGAGUUCAUGAGAGAGACUAUAGAGCGUGGUGAUGCAGAAAGAGUUCCCUCUGUAGACCUGGACAAAAGCCCUGCCUGGUACAUUCCACACCAUGGAGUGUAUCAUCCACAAAAGCCUGGCAAAAUAAGAGUGGUGUUUGAUUGUUCAGCGAAGUACGUAGGAGCGUCCUUGAACGACUACCUGCUUACAGGGCCAGAGUUAACCAACUCUCUGGUGGGGGUCCUGUGUCGAUUUCGGAAAGGUCCAGUUGCAGUGAUGUGCGACAUUGAGCGCAUGUUUCAUCAAUUCAGAGUCAGAGAAGAAGAUCAAGAUUACUUUCGCUUCUUGUGGUGGGACAAUGGAGACUUCAACUCUACUCCAUCUGUCUAUCGCAUGCGCGUACACCUGUUUGGAGCUGCUUCGUCCCCUGCCUGUGCGAACUUUGGUCUCAAGUAUAUUGCUGCACAAGGUCAAGGCAAGUUCAGUGAAGCUACCAUAAGAUUCAUUGAGCGAAAUUUUUAUGUGGACGAAGGUCUUAUCAGUUUCCACUCAGAAGAAGAAGCAAUUCGUUUGGUAAAGGAAGCAAAGGAACUUUGCAGCACAGGAGGCUUGCGACUUCACAAGUUCGUUUCAAACAGUAAGCAAGUGCUUAAUUCGCUGCCGGAAGAAGAUUGUGCAGAGACAAUAAGAAAAGACUUGUCACUGGGUGAGCAACAAAUUGAAAGAGCCCUAGGUGUCAAAUGGUGCAUCGACUCGGAUCAUUUCCAGUUUCGAGUAGUUGUGAACGAGCAGCCACUUUCCAGAAGAGGAGUGUUGUCCACGGUAGCCUCUAUUUAUGAUCCACUUGGCUUUGUGGCACCUUUUGUUCUACUUGGGAAGCAGAUACUACAGCAGAUGUGUCGUGAGAAAGCAGAUUGGGAUGAACCACUCACAAGCGAUCUGAAGUCACGAUGGGAGUCCUGGUUGUUGGAUCUAAAAAAUCUAGCAGAUGUCAAAAUUGACAGAUGUUACGUGCCAAGAGAUUUUCAAACAGUUCAGAAGUACGAGCUUCACCAUUUCUCAGACGCAAGUGUUUCAGGGUAUGGUGUUUGUACGUACCUGAGAGCUGUCAGUGAAGCAGGACAAGUCCACUGCUCUCUUGUCUUUGCCAAGUCCAGAGUAGCACCCACGAAGGUUGCUACGGUGCCAAGAUUGGAGCUGUCUGCAGCAGUUGUAGCAGUGCGGAUUAGUGACAUGCUCAAAGCAGAGUUGGAGCUAGAAGAUGCCCAAGAAUUCUUCUGGACAGAUUCUCAAGUUGUCUUGGGAUAUAUCAACAAUGAUGCAAGACGUUUCCAUGUUUUCGUUGCAAAUCGCAUUCAGCGUAUUAAGGAAAGCACUCAACCGAUGCAAUGGAAGUUUGUGGCAUCAGAUCUCAAUCCAGCUGACCAUGCGUCGCGCGGACUGAAGGCCAAAGACCUCAUUACCUCCAACUGGUUUAGCGGUCCAAGUUUUCUUUGGCAAGAGAAACUUCCCCACGGAGAAGUCAAGGUGGGAAAACCUGAUGCAGAGGAUCCAGAAGUACGCAAAGCUGGUGUACUCCAUACAACUACGGAAACAUUCUUUGGCAGAACGUUUUCUGAAAUUCUCCAGUUGGCUAAAGUUGUUGCCAUACACCCGAGUGAAGAUGGAUGUAUACGCAAAGUACAACUGUUAAUGAGUGACUCAUUGUUAGAUGACCAUGGAAAGAGACUGAGUAAAACAGUUCUACUUGACAGACCUAUACACAAGACUGUGACACUAUUAGAAGCAGAUUAGUUUACAUUUCAUAAGUUCAUGGGUGAAAAUCACAAGUGAUUUGGUGGGAGUGUAGCUGCCGUCAUAGGCAACUCUCACAUUUAAGUUCAUUUUAUUGGAUUUGAUGUUGAAACAAUUAGAUUUAUAUGUUUAAAUGUGUAUUUGUGCUAACUGUGCAAUUAGAUAGGAACCUUUUCUAUAGUUCCGUUUGUUGUUGCUAAGAGGGUAUUUUUUGGCUGUCACACUCAGCAAGCUAAUUAAGAGACAAGCCACGAGGUUUGCACGUCUACAGAAAGUUGUAAAAGAGUGCCUUUUUGGACUACCCCACGACGUAAGGAUUAAAGUUUUUAUUCCCUUUGAGUGAGGCCAAUGAGGUAAAUGUUUUAUUUUGUUUAUUAUCGUUGUAUGUAAAUACGCUAGUAUUGCGUGAUAUUCUAGUGCAGUUACCGCAGUGUGAAGUGUAGUGUGUAUUUUAUUGAUCCUUUUGUUAGAAUGUUUCGUCAUAUAUAAUGCUUAAGGACUUUAUUAAGAAUAUUCAUUUAAGUUUGUAUUUCUUUUUAGUUCUGACGACAUUGUAUCGGCUGUGGUUGGACAUCAUUACAUGUUAAGGCAUGUCGAAGAAUCCUCCUGUCCGAAAUAAAUGUCAGUUUAAAA